GGGUGUCGUGAGUGAGCUGCUAGAGAAUGAUGCUCUUCCUCAUGUCAGGGACAAAGAGAAGAAAUUUCCGUUCCACCUGGCAAUUGCGGGCUGCCAUGAUGAGAUCGGAUCAAUGCUUGUGAAUCGCAUGCCUCAUGAUGUGGUCAGAGAUUUGUUCAUCACACACAACCAGGAUGAGGCAGAGUGCAAGCUCCAUGACUUACUACAACGAGGCAUGCAGGAAAGUGCCCUUGCUGUUCUUGACUGCCUGGCAGACAGGAUUGGGCAGACAAGUCAUAUGAGAAUUUAUUAUCACAUUCUUGAAGCAGAUGAGAAAGGGAGGCCACCAUCACAUCCUAAAUUUGAACCCAACUCUAAAUCCUGCCUUCAUCUCAUAUCCAAGGAAGGCUACAAGGAGCUGAUUACACAUUUUGUGGUUCGCUUAUUGAUACGCAAAAAAUGGAAGGAGUAUGCCAAAUUUCGUUUCCAGUUGAACUCAUUCAUGUUCCUGUUCACACUUUUCUGUCUGACCUUCUCGGUUGUUGUUGCUGUGAUAACAGCAGAUCCGACAGCCUAUGACACACCUCUACAUAAAGCCCGUGCUGUGUUUGAAGUCUGGUCACUUCUUGCAGUCAUCGUCACUUGUAUAAUUGAAAUAAAUCAGCUCAGAAAACACAAGUUGGAUUAUGUGCGAGAUCAGUUUAACUGGAUUGAUCUUGGCUCCUCCUUUCUGCUACUGGCUGUUGUACCGCUGAGAUUCACUCAUCGCCAGGAGCAGUGGCAUGUGUACUCUGUUGGCUAUUUGUUGUGGACUCUCAGGGUGUUUAAAUUUGCAGCUGUGUUCAGACAAACUGGUGCAUAUGCUCAGAUAUUGUGGAGAAUCAUAUCCCAUGACUUCAUUCAGUUUACCAUUCUAUUUUUGGUGAUACUUCUGUCCUUCAGUGGGUCAUUCGUCCUGGCUUUACGAGGAGAAGACUCUCUCGAUGUGCAUGAUGAAACCAGUUCAUUCUGGAAUGUUCUAUUUACUGGAGUCCGUACUCUGAUAGAAGGGCAGUCAGUAGUCACUUAUGCAGGCAAGGAAGGCUACAAGGUGAUGAGCUGCUUCCUAAUAGUGGUCUACUUGUUUGUCUGCUGUGUGGUGCUGCUGAAUAUCUUGAUCGCUCAGCUGUCUGACACCUACCAGAAUAUGAACAGAGCCUGGAUCAUCACAAGGGUGGAACUCAACUCACUCUUCAUUGGCAAAACUCAGACAGCUGAUGAGCAGGUGUUGUUUCAGAUGGAGGAACUGAAUAACCCAGCCAGCGUUCUGGAGAAAUGGGAGUCUCCGCUUCUGAAUGAGAUCAGCAAAGAUGUCCGGGGAAUGAAGGAGUAUCUGAAGUCCACAGAACUCAGUAUGCAAACAAUUAAGAACCGACUAAGCAUGCAGGAGCACACUCUUAAGUGCCUAGAAGUUCAGUUACGUACGGUCAUACAAAUGCUGCAGAAUAACAGAAGAUGGAUAAGACCAACCAGGGAGCUAAUCUCUGAACAUCUGUAG